AUGGCACCCCCAAAGCCAAUGCGGGUUCUACCCCCGGACGUCGCAAAAUCACGUUCCUCAAUGCCACAUUUCUCCCGAACUUCGCCGCCACAACCACAACCACAACCGCAAUCACAACCUUCAAAAGCAGAACCACAACCACUCCCCUCUCAACAACCUACCCGACCCUUCUCGCUCUUCUCUCUUCUUCGCAUCCGCUUCGCCGCUCUUCCAUCGCCUGUUCGCCGCUCCUUCCGCGCUCUCCGCAUCGUCACCCCCCUCCUCCCCAUCGGCCUCUUCUUCUCCGAACAUGUCCUCCAGGUCAUGUGGGUGCGGGGGCCUUCAAUGACCCCCGUUCUGAAUGAGGACCACGACAUAAUGCACACGAAAUCCGACAUGGUGUUGGUGAAUCUCUGGCCAUGGGGAGGAGCAGGGUGGCCGUGGGAGCGAAAUAGGAGACUAGAACGGGGGAUGAUUGUGACUUUUCGAUCCCCCGCUAAUCCCUCGCAUAUCGCUAUUAAACGCGUAGUCGGAUUACCUGGUGACCGGAUCACCACCCGCGAACCUUGUAUGAAGGCUUCGCAAAUUGUGCCGUUCAAUCAUGUUUGGUUGGAGGGGGAUGCGGAAGACCCUAAGCGCUCGCUGGAUAGUAAUGCCUACGGACCGGUGAGCAUUAGUUUGAUUACGGGGCGGGUGAUGGCGGUGUUGUGGCCGAGGUGGAGGAUGUUGCGGUGGGAGGAUUGGGAGGAAGGGACGGUAGAUGGGAGGGAGAAUUAUCGGCAGGAUGUGAGGGAUAGAGUGGUCAAGGGGGCAGUUAAGUUGGAUAGACCGGUUUUGAGCUAG